AGCGUUCGCCGCGGGUGAAGUAGUCUUCCUGGACGGGUGCUAGCACCGCUCCGGCCCUGGGCUGGUGCAAAGGCCCGGGGAUCGCGGGACUCGAACACGCGCGGGCCCAGGGCUGCAGGGGAGGAGCCGGCGGUGACUCUGCUGGGUGUCCGGGGUCCCGAGUGUGCCUGUUCUCCCAGUUGCUCUCCCCCAGCUCUAGGUCUUGGACAAUUCUGCUCUCCUCCCGCAACUACCCAGGUCCUGCGUUUGAAGGAAGACCCCCUCACAGAAAACAUUCUCCUGCCGACUACCGUUCACGCCCAAGUCCCUCAGAGCUCUGCCAAGACUUCUCUGGGAUCUGUCAGCGACUUUUGAGUUGCCAGAGGCCUGGGGUAUUACAUCUUAACUUGCUGACCCAGAGGUGCUGGUCAUUAUGGGGAAUCAACUCGCGGGCAUUGCUCCUUCCCAGAUUCUCUCCGUAGAGAGUUAUUUCUCAGAUAUCCACGACUUUGAAUAUGAUAAGAGCCUGGGAAGUACUCGUUUUUUUAAAGUUGCCCGAGCAAAGCACCGGGAAGGCCUGGUGGUAGUGAAGGUCUUUGCAAUUCAGGACCCCACAUUGCCUUUAACGAGCUAUAAACAAGAGCUGGAGGAACUGAAAAUCAGACUUCAUUCUGCACAGAACUGCCUACCUUUCCAGAAGGCAGCAGAAAAAGCAUCCGAGAAGGCAGCCAUGCUGUUUAGACAGUAUGUGAGAGACAACCUCUAUGACCGCAUCAGUACCCGUCCGUUCUUAAACAACAUCGAGAAGCGCUGGAUCGCCUUCCAGAUCCUGACAGCCGUGGACCAGGCGCACAAGUCUGGAGUCCGACAUGGUGACAUCAAGACUGAGAAUGUGAUGGUCACCAGUUGGAACUGGGUUCUUCUAACGGAUUUUGCCAGUUUUAAGCCCACUUAUCUUCCAGAGGACAAUCCAGCAGAUUUCAACUAUUUCUUCGACACCUCGCGCAGGAGGACUUGCUAUAUUGCUCCUGAGCGGUUUGUCGAUGGUGGGAUGUUUGCCACCGAGCUGGAAUAUAUGAGAGAUCCCUCAACUCCGCUCGUGGACCUAAACAGCAAUCAGAGGACACGGGGAGAGCUGAAGAGAGCCAUGGACAUCUUUUCAGCAGGCUGUGUGAUAGCUGAGCUUUUCACGGAAGGUGUACCAUUGUUCGAUCUCUCUCAGCUGCUGGCAUAUAGGAAUGGACAUUUUUUCCCUGAACAAGUGCUAAAUAAGAUCGAAGAUCGCAGUAUCAGAGAAUUGGUAACUCAGAUGAUCCACCGUGAGCCAGAGAAGCGUUUGGAGGCCGAGGAUUACUUGAAGCAGCAGCGGGGCAAUGCCUUCCCCGAGAUAUUUUACACUUUCCUUCAGCCUUAUAUGGCUCAGUUUGCCAAGGAAACCUUUCUCUCUGCCGAUGAGCGGAUUUUGGUCAUACGGAAAGACUUGGGCAACAUUAUUAACAAUCUCUGUGGACAUGAUUUGCCAGAAAAAGCAGAAGGGGAGCCCAAGGAGAGCGGGCUGGUUGUCCUGGUGUCUGUCAUAACGUCCUGCCUGCAGACCCUGAAGUCCUGUGACUCCAAAUUGGCCGCCUUGGAGCUCAUUCUGCAUUUGGCCCCUAGGCUGAGUGUGGAGAUCCUGCUGGACCGGAUCACUCCAUACUUGUUACAUUUCAGCAACGACUCCGUUCCCAGGGUAAGGGCUGAGGCCCUGAGGACGCUCACCAAAGUUCUUGCCCUUGUCCAAGAGGUUCCUCGUAAUGACGUCAACAUCUAUCCAGAGUACAUUCUCCCAGGCAUAGCCCACCUGGCCCAAGACGAUGCUACUAUCGUCAGACUUGCCUAUGCUGAAAACAUCGCUCUACUGGCUGAAACAGCUCUGCGGUUCCUGGAGCUAGUGCAGCUAAAAACUCUCAACAUGGAGAACGACCCUGAUAGCGAAGAGGCAGAUGAAGCCACACAUCCAAACGGAGACUACGACACAGAGCUCCAAGCCUUACAUGAAAUGGUCCAGCAGAAAGUGGUCACUUUGUUAAGCGACCCUGAAAAUAUUGUGAAACAAACAUUAAUGGAGAACGGGAUCACACGUCUGUGCGUCUUCUUCGGGCGUCAGAAAGCCAACGACGUGCUGUUGUCCCACAUGAUCACUUUCCUGAACGAUAAGAAUGACUGGCACCUGCGUGGCGCCUUCUUUGACAGUAUAGUCGGUGUUGCUGCCUAUGUUGGGUGGCAGAGCUCCUCCAUCCUCAAACCCCUGCUCCAGCAAGGCCUCAGUGAUGCUGAGGAGUUUGUCAUUGUGAAAGCUCUCAACGCCCUGACCUGCAUGUGCCAGUUGGGGCUGCUGCAGAAACCCCACGUCUAUGAAUUCGCCAGUGAUAUUGCUCCGUUCCUGUGCCACCCUAAUCUGUGGAUACGCUAUGGAGCAGUGGGAUUCAUCACAGUGGUAGCUCAUCAAAUCAGUACUGCUGAUGUCUACUGCAAGUUGAUGCCUUAUCUUGACCCAUACAUUACCCAGCCAGUAAUACAGAUUGAGAGGAAGCUUGUCCUGCUCAGUGUUCUGAAAGAGCCCGUGAGCCGCUCUAUAUUUGAUUAUGCUCUGAGGUCUAAAGACAUCACCAGCUUGUUCAGACAUCUGCACAUGCGUCAGAAGAAGCGGAAUGGCUCUCUUCUCGACUGCCCUCCUCCUGAGGACCCCGCCAUAGCUCAACUUCUGAAGAAACUGCUCUCACAGGGGAUGACGGAAGAAGAGGAAGAUAAGCUUCUGGCACUGAAGGACUUCAUGAUGAAAUCAAACAGAGCGAAAGCGAAUGCAGUGGACCAGAGCCAUCUGCACGACAGCAGCCAGAAAGGUGUGAUCGACCUGGCGGCCUUAGGCAUCACUGGGAGACAAGUUGAUCUUGUUAAAACCAAACAAGAACCGGACGAGAAACGGGCUAGAAAACAUGUAAAACAAGACUCCAAUGUAAAUGAAGAAUGGAAAAGCAUGUUCGGCUCCCUGGAACCACCGAAUAUACCGCAGGCCCUGCCUAAAACCAGUGAUCACGAGGUGGUUCAGACCGGGAAGCCGCCUCGCUCUGAGUCCUCUGCUGCUCUUGGUGUCCCUUUGUCAACCUCUCCGCAGGUCUCAGAAGUAGCACACGCCCCCAGUAAGAAGCCAGUGAUCCAGGUUUUAAGUAGCACAGUCCUGCCGUCCACUUACCAGAUCCGGAUCACGACUUGCAAGACCGAGCUCCAGCAGCUCAUACAGCAGAAGCGGGAACAAUGCAAUGCGGAGCGCAUCGCCAAGCAGAUGAUGGAGAACGCCGAGUGGGAGAGCAAACCACCUCCACCUGGGUGGCGUCCUAAAGGGUUACUAGUAGCACAUCUUCAUGAGCACAGAUCUGCUGUGAAUCGAAUCAGAGUCUCUGAUGAGCACUUACUUUUCGCGACAUGUUCGAAUGAUGGCACUGUGAAAAUCUGGAACAGUCAGAAGAUGGAGGGGAAGACCACCACGACGAGGUCUAUUCUUACGUACAGCCGAAUUGGAGGGCGAGUCAAGACACUAACAUUUUGUCAAGGUUCCCACUACUUGGCCAUAGCAUCUGAUAAUGGUGCCGUUCAGCUCCUUGGAAUUGAGGCUUCUAAGUUACCCAAGUCUCCUAAAAUCCACCCUCUCCAAAGCAGGGUUCUGGAUCAGAAGGAAGAUGGAUGUGUGGUGGACAUGCAGCACUUCAACUCUGGAGCCCAGUCUGUCCUUGCCUACGCCACUGUGAAUGGCUCUCUGGUUGGCUGGGACCUUAGGUCUUCAAGCAAUGCAUGGACUCUGAAGCAUGACUUAAAGUCGGGUCUCAUCACUUCCUUCGCUGUGGACAUCCACCAGUGCUGGCUCUGCAUAGGCACGAGCAGCGGUACCAUGGCGUGUUGGGACAUGAGGUUCCAGUUGCCGAUUUCCAGCCACUGCCAUCCCUCCAGAGCUCGCAUCCGGCGCCUCUCCAUGCACCCCUUGUACCAGUCCUGGGUAAUUGCAGCUGUGCAGGGCAACAAUGAAGUCUCCAUGUGGGACAUGGAGACCGGUGACAGGAGACUGACGCUCUGGGCCAGCAGUGCGCCGCCACUGUCUGAAUUACAGCCUUCCCCUCAUAGCGUCCAUGGCAUCUACUGCAGUCCUGCAGAUGGAAAUCCUAUCCUGUUGACAGCUGGCUCAGACAUGAAAAUAAGGUUCUGGGACUUAGUUUCCCCAGAAAGGUCCUAUGUUGUAGCUGGAAGCGCGAGUCCCCCGUCUGUGUCCUACUACAAGAAGAUAAUAGAAGGCACAGAAGUCGUCCAGGAAAUUCAGAAUAAGCAGAAGGUAGGACCAAGUGAUGACACCCCUCGAAGGGGCCCAGAGUCUCUACCCGUGGGACAUCAUGACAUCAUCACAGAUAUUGCCACCUUCCAGACAACUCAGGGCUUCAUCGUGACUGCUUCUAGAGACGGAAUUGUGAAGGUGUGGAAAUAAUCCUGCGGACUUGUAGAAAAUGUUGUAAAAAUUAUAAAUGUACCCAUAAUUCAAGAGAAGGAUUUCUGGAGAACAUGGUUUUUGAAGUGUCUGGACUACUGUUUCAUGGCAAACAAAUCUCAGCCACAGUGGGUAAGGCUGACAGGGCACACUUAUUCAUGUGCAUCUCUGAAGAGUUGGCCAGAUAGCACAGUCUGGAAGUUCUCACUGUAUAUGGAACAGGUGAGGAGUGUAAAAAAUGAAGAUGAAUAUGAUGUCAGUUUAUUUUGUAUGGAAAAUGAUUGUAAGCUAUUAUAUAAACAUACUUUUGUUAUUAUAAAUGCUAUUCAAACUGCAAGUAAAUCUAUUCAAGCAU